GCGAGGCUGCUCGGAGCGCCAUGGCCGACGGCAAGGCCAAGCCCGCCAACAAGACGCCCCCCAAGUCCCCAGGGGACCCCGCGAAGGACAGGGCGGCCAAGAGGCUGUCGCUGGAGUCGGAGGGCAGCAGCGAGGGCGCGGCCGCGGGGCCGGAGCUCAGCGCGCUGGAGGCCGCCUUCCGGCGCUUCGCGGUGCACGGGGACACCAGGGCCAGCGGCCGGGAGAUGCACGGCAAGAACUGGUCCAAGCUGUGCCGCGACUGCCAGGUGAUCGACGGCAGGAACGUGACCGUCACCGACGUGGACAUCGUCUUCAGCAAGAUCAAGGGCAAGGGCUGCCGCACCAUCACCUUCGAGCAGUUCCGGGAGGCGCUGGAGGAGCUGUCCCGCAAGAGGUUCAAGGACAAGGGCCGCGAGGAGGCCGUGCGGGAGGUGCACCGGCUGGUGGAGGGCAAGGCGCCCAUCAUCUCGGGGGUGACGAAAGCCGUCUCCUCGCCCACGGUGUCGCGGCUCACGGACACCACCAAGUUCACGGGCUCCCACAAGGAGCGCUUCGACCCGUCGGGCCGGGGCAAGGGCAAGGCGGGCCGCGUGGACCUGGUGGACGAGUCGGGCUACGUGCCCGGCUACAAGCACGCGGGCACCUACGACCAGAAGGUGCAGGGGGGCAAGUAGCACUCCCCCCCCGCCCCCCACUUCGUCACAUUCCUGUGCUCGCCUGGGCAGAACUUGGACCUCAGCAGCCGGUGCUGUGGGGCGACGCCCGGCUCCCCCACAACCCGCGUGACCCCUGACCUCCCCAGCGCCCCCUCUCGACCCCGCAAGACCACCUGGUUCGAGGAGCUGGUGGGCAGUGGGGAUGAGGCCCCCGGAGCCACAGGGGCCACCACCCGCCCACCAGCGAGCUUUCCAAGGGUGCACCCAGCCCGGCCCCUGCACAUGCAGGCGUGCACACCCCACUCCCGUGCCCACCCUACGCCCGUGCACAUGCACGCUCGUGCACGUGCAUGCACUCCUGCGCGUGCACACAUGUGCACACUCGGCCUGCGCACGCUCGGCCUGCACACUGGCCCUGCGGUCACUGGGAGGCGGGCUCACCCCUCUCCUCCAGGGGAAGAGGCCGUGGCGGGCCGGGAAGGUUUGGAAUGACCUGUCCCUGGGCCUCUGGCCUGUCCCUGUCCCCACCUGUCCUCCGCGGGGGGCUCCCAGAUCCUAGGGACCAUGGCGGUCACCAAGACACCAUAUCCUCUGCCAUGAGCAUCCUCAGGCCAGCUGUGGCACAGGGCGUGUGCAGCCCCUCCCUGGACGCGGGCCUGGCCCUCCUGCCGGGCACAGCCUGCCGGCCCUGGGUGCACAGCAGCUUCUGCGCACGGGGGUGAAAAGCGGGGGCUCCCAAGCACCUUGCUGGGUCCCGGCAGCUGGGCACGAGGCUGGCCCCAGAAGAGCCCUCACCGGCUGAGGCUGCCCGCCCCUGGGCCCAGCCCCCCCCCACGCUUCCCUGCCCGGCACCUCCUCCCCAGCCUGCGGGUGGCACC